GCCCUUCAUUGGCUCGUACACGUGUCCGUCAAAUGAGUAAGCAGCGACGCGACGGCUUUGCCGCGUGUGUCGAUGCCGGUUUGACAUAAAUACACGGGGAUGUCGGUGAUGUGGACGGCGAAGGUGGUGGGCCUGGGAGCCGUGGCUUUCUCCCUCAGCGUGGAGCUGCUGUGGAGGCUCCUGCGUCACCUCAGACCGCCGAUAAUUCUGAACGAGGUCCUCUUCUUUCCCUCCGAGGUGGUCUGCACGCAGCACAUCUUCUCUCCCGCUCCCCCCCACUCCUGUUGCUGCCCGUUGCCUCACGGCGUCGAAACGUCCUUCACUCGUCUUCUGCGCUUCAUCCUGUCAGCUCGCUCCUCUCUGGACUUGUGCUUGUUUUCGUUUUCCAACAUGGACCUGAGCAGGGCUAUUUUGCACCUGUACAGAAAGAAGGUAACCGUCAGGGUCCUGGUUGACAAGGACUACUCGGUCAUCACUGGCUCCCAGAUCGGACCCCUCCGCGAGGCCGGGAUCUGCGUGCGCAACGUGGGCCGCUACGUGCACAUGCAUCACAAGUUCGCCCUGGUGGACGGCCGGCGCCUCAUCACGGGCUCGCUCAACUGGACGCUGGCGGCGGUGCAGCGCAACGCCGAGAACGUCCUCGUCACCGACGAGCCCGGUCUGGUCCGGCCCUUCGUCGGGGAGUUCCGGAGGUUAUGGGAGGACAAUGACCCGUCUCGCAAUGGACCUUCCUGCGAUCAAACCGUGGCCCGCGACUGAUUACCACGGUGUGAUAUUCGGACGCAGCCCUCUUUGUCACUUUUGAGUUCUGAAAGACUCGUGUUAGACUUUCAAGUGGACGCUGACAUCGUGUGAAAGUUCAAAGGCAAACGUUUGCACUUUCUCCUCCCGCGACUCUGCCCGUGUUUUGUUCCUGCUCGCAUCAGGUGAUUGCCAGAGGACCGGUGACGCCACGGCACCGCGUCCGUCCACACAGAUCGCAGCUCACUCACAGCCUGUGGAGGGCGCAUUUGUGUAGUAUUACGCCGGGGUGUGGAUCAGAAUUGGAUGAUACUCAACAAAAUACCUAAUUUGCUUGCGCCUGAUGUUACCGGUUAAUGCAUUUCUUUUAAUAUUUUUAAGUGGAUGUACGUUUAAGUCAACCUAAUGUUUGAAUUUGAAAAAAACUUUGUUGUGUGAAGUUAGAUUCAUAAUUUGAUGCCUUGUGGAUGACGGUAAGACCAAAGAUUCACUUUUUGAGAAGAAAAAAUACAAGAUAUUUCAUGUACUGGUUCCUUCGCCUCUCUCCAAGAUGCGACGAAGUGGUGCAGAAAAUGGACGGAUGGACUCAUCUAACUCCUUUUCGUUUUGUGUGAAUCUUUCCUGUUUCAGGUACUUCAAGUUCCUGAUUUUGUUUUACUUACGUAUUUUAGCUCACUGGCAGUUAUUUUUGUGUAGUUCGUCGUCACAAAAAACUCGGCUUGGUUUUGUGUUGUAAAACAGCUGCUUUUCGAGGGGAUUUUUGUUGGCAUCGUUUAAGCUCGUGUUAUUAAGACGGUGAGUGUUUAUGUUUGUGUUUUAUGAGGAGUCUCAGUGCCAAUUAAAAACCAAAUUGUUUUCCA